AUGACGGACCUCUUUCAUCGCCAGCCGUUCCAGCGGCUGCCCGAGGAACUUGUCCAAGACGUACUCGAGCGCCUUUCCCACCGCGAUCAUGCAGCCUUCAGCCUCGCCUCGCACUGGUGCUAUCAAGCCGCUAUCCCUGUGAUCUGGCGCGAUGUGACUCUGCAGGACCGCCUCACAGAGCAUGAAGACGAUAGCGAGGACCAUCACGAUGACACGCCUCUACUACGAAAACUGUUAAUCAUCGCCACCAAGCCAACUAUCGGCGCAGCAGUUCAAGCCCUGACACACCGCUGUCACUUGCCGACCCCUGAUGUCCGCGAAGAGCUACGCAAAAGGCCAUUCAGCGGGAUGAUGUUGUCGCCCGACACGCGCACCACCAAGCUGAUCCAGCUCGCCGUAAAGAACAUGCCCAACGUGCACACGCUGCGCAUCGUGUUCGGCCACCCCAACAUCAAUGAUGCGCUGGUGCGUAGCUUCUUCGACCGCAAUCGCACCCCUAGCAUCCGCCACUUAUGGCUCGAGAAUUGUCGAAUCAGUGCUGCAUGGGAAUACACCAUCAACCGAUCCUCCCUUGCCGUGCCACUACAUCUUGACUUCUCCGGCCUUCAGAGUAUUCGCCUGCGCCGCCUGCCGCUUCGUUCUACAUACUCUCAAGACUGGCCAGCGGGACCCCAACUCGUUUAUUCCCGUUUCCCAUCCACGAAUCGCACGAUGCGGGAUGAGCUGGGCAAUUCCUGUAAGCGUACGGGGGAGUAUGAGCGUGUCAGGAACGGCUUUAGGUUUGUAAACCGAUGCGACGACAACAUCUACCGCACUCUCGCGCAGGAGAUGAAUCUUCCUCCAGAAGUGGCCGAAUGCGAACCAGGCACGAGUGACGAAGAGAGAGCAGAACUCGCUGCGCGGCGUCACCUUAUCGAUAUAGACUGGCUUGUCGAGCAGCAACCUGAGUAUCUAAAUCACUUCCCCCACCAUCACGAGAUCCCUUCAUCCGCACAAGUGGCAUUGGGACUCUUGCACAGCUGCAGCGCCACCCUAACCAACCUCUGUCUCGAUUCGGUCCUCACCAAACCUCUGAAAACCGACAUGCAAGCCGACCUUCUCAAAUGGCACGACAUGUUCGAGCGCUUCUUCUCCCUGCGCUUUCCGCACUUGCGUUCCUUUCAGGCCCGCACCGAUUUUGUCCAAGAUGAGUCUCUACCACGCAUUUAUCUAUUAGACUACUCGGAACUGUUGCAUAAGAGAACCUCCGGAAAUACGUCCACAGGGCCAAGUUUGUGCGCGCUGGAUUUCAUGGAAGCCCAUCCGAACCUCCAAUGCCUUGCGUGGCCCCUGGACCGCUUCUUCGCCUCGACGAAUUCCAAUCCUGCGAUCGCUGCGAGAGUCGAAGCAGUCACUGACAAACUCGGCCCCACGCUCGUCGAUCUACGCGUCAACGCUAAGAGUGGUCAGUGGCAGCAGCAGCCAAAGAAAAUGGAGUCCGUACAUGACCAAGAAGCUCGCCGUCGUCGUUUCAUCACCGACUUCGCCGCGAAUAUGACGCAGGUGCAAAGGAUUAAAAUUGAAGGCGGAGUGCCGCGCGACGAGAGCAGGGAGAUUCUUCGCGCGCUCCACCGAUGCUCUCUAAGCAAGAUCGUGAUCGCGGGAGUCGAGUCGCCCGUCGGCAACACUUGGGGCGCGGGCGGUGAAGAACUCGUAGAGUCGCUGGACCACCUUGACGACUUUGACACCAGUACCCUUCAAGCCGAACACGCCGAUUCCAUCCACGCCAUCGGCUCUCAACCACUAUCUCCCCCAGCCGCGAACUUCACCUUCACCCCCGUCUACGGCUGGCCACCAGGCCCACCCAUGCUGCACACCCUCGCCUCCUUCUACGCGUCGACACUUAAAGAGCUCAAGCUGUGCGGGCCCCUAGGCGCGCCUCAUUGCCACGCGCUGGAAUCUCUCACGCUCACCAUGUGGCUACCCACCGAAUUCGAAGAAAGACACCGCGGCGACGACAUUAUCGGGUCAUGGCUAGAUGCGCGCAACGCGAGGGACGCGACGCUCAGCUUACUCAGCGUGCGCAGCUCUUACGAGGGCGACGACGAGGAGGGCGGGUGGGACGAGGUGGUGGCGAGCAAGUAUGCGCCGGUGUCGCUUGCGGCGUGGGUUACGGAGUACAUUGGCAGCUUGCUGAGUGAGCGUGCGAAGGCGAGGGAGGGGGGUGUGAAUGUGCGGGUGCGCAUGCAUGUUGGGGACGGGCCGGGCAUCUUCGACAUCGAUAUGAGGAUCGCGAAAGAUGGGGCGAAGGGAGUGGAUGUGUGUCUUGGGUUUACGGGGCCGAGGGAGGAGUUUGAGGUUGAGAGACGAAUGGGGAAGUUGAGGAGUAGACGGUGGUUUGGACGAGGGGCUUCUCUGAUCUGGCGGCAGACUCAAGGGCUACGAAACAGGGGAAGCUGA